UGUAGCAUGUUUCCAGUGAGAAAAACAUCGGCCACGAAGAAGACGUUAGACGGCUAAGGGAAUUGUAGCUUCUCCGUAGAUAAAACAUCAAAUAGGUAUUAUGGAGAAAAAGAAGAAACUUCUGGAAGUAGCAGCGUCAUCGCUAGUGGACCUUAAAGCUGAACUUUUCAGAAAGCAGGAACAGUUCAAACGAGAGAAACUCGGACAGGAAAAUGCUGAAGCUGGACUCAAAACAAAAUUCCCCUCUAAGAAACCUAACAUCUGGAGUAAACAGAACGCUGGUGUUUCGUCGAGAGCUGCUAAGGAUGCAGAGCAGCUGGCAGAGGAACAGGUCAAUCUGAAUACAGCCAGGCGCAAACUGGAGGAGAAGGCCAAACUCUAUGAGCAGAUGACAAAGGGAGACUUCCCAGAUGAAGAGACAGAGGGACUGUACCUCGUUGACUUUACCCAAAAGAUAAUUGACAAGAAGCGAGAAACACUUGCGCAGAAGGAAAUGGACAAGGAGGAUGAGGAAAAAGAUAGUUUGUCACCCGUCCCUCCUCCCCAGAAUCCAGAUGAGGAAUGGGUGGAUUAUGUGGAUGCUUUGGGACGAUCUCGAAGAUGCAUGAAGAAAGAUCUGCCAAAUUUCAUGAAAAUGGACCAGGAUCUAAAUGGAAAAGGACUAUUAUCAAAUGAUAAGACUCUACUAUCAGAGGACAUGCGUCGAGAGCUGCAGAGGCAGGAAUGGGAGAGGGAGGAAGAGGAGGCCAUGAAGAAGCCGGUUGGACCGAUCCACUACGAGGACAUUAGAGCACAAGAGGCACGAGAACUUGGUGUGGGCUACUUUGCUUUUUCCCAGGAUAAAGAGCAGCGCCAAAAGCAAAGAGAAACUCUGGACAUGCUCAGAGACCAGACAACAGAUCAACGGACUAAAAGAGAACGACUCAAAGAGAAGAGGCAAGCCAUCCUGCAGGCUCGACUGGCCAAGGUGAGGCAGAGGAAGAUGAAGAAGACGAAGCUGGACGGCACUGAAGAAGAGGAGAAAGAUGAAGAAAAUCGAGGGGAAGAAGAGGAGGGUGAAACGGUGGGACCUUUCCCUCAGUCAGACGUUCCACCAGAGGUCAGCACUCUGAAGAAGGUGGAAGUGGAGAUUCAGGAGAGGAGGGACACCAAACCUGGGGUCCCUCAUGUCAGAGAAUGGGACAGAGGCAAAGAAUUCAUGUUUAGCGAAUGGAAAACUCGAUGUAGAGAGGAGCGAGAUUCUGAGUUUGCUCCUCCCUCUGCGUACUUUGCUGAAGACAGAAGACCAAAACCAAGAAAGACUAAAAAUCAGCAGAAUAAAUCAAACAUGUUCUUUAAAUCAACUAAAUAUCCAGAAGCGGUUUCUGAGGAUGAGACCAAACCAGAAGCUCCAGCUGUGUUUUCACCUCCUAAGCCUCAGAAGGAUAACCCCCAAGCAUCCUCUCAGUCUCCACAACCCUCACCUGCAGGGAGCUCCUCACUUUCAGCUCCACCCUUUAUUCCCCGGUUUUCAAUGCCUCCUCCUUUCCAUCCCCCAUUUCCCCCUCCUCCCUUUCAGUUUGCAGGACCACCACAUUCCUUUCCUCCAUUCCUCCCACGGUACCAGUACCCGCCCCAGCAUGCACCUCAGGAGCCUCCUCCUCCAGGAGAUGAAAGCCAGGCUCCACGGCCUUCUGGAGGUGCUCCACAGAGUUUAGACGACAUGUUGUCCUUCUACAGGAACUCCUCCUAAUGGCUUAUUUUGUCAAUAUUAAUACUUCAAAGGAGAAAAUAGAAACUCCGUCUACUUAAGAAUUCAAGUAUUUAUUAAAAAAAUUGUUUGUUUUGUUGUAUUUUAAAAAGUUUUCAUUGAUCAUCUUUCAUGCUGCUUGAAGAAACAUUCUUCAUGAAACUGCGUUCCUGAAAUAUGGGUUAUCUUCAUCACUUAUGCUUUUAAAUGUUGGAGUAUAAUAGUGGCCACCAGAUGGCGCUUUGCAAUUUGUAAAUAAAACUAAAGACUGCAGCGCAGAUCUCUAUGGCUACAA